AUGCCUUCCAUCAUCCGCAACAUUCUCGCGCUCAGCGCUGUCGCCACCGUCGCCGUCGCUCAAGACCCGCCCCCCAAGCUCGACGCUCCCUGCGCCGAUGUUGUCAUCUUCAUGGCCCGCGGUAACAACGCGCCGUACCAUGACUACCGUACAUUCCCCUACGCCGAUGCUACGUGUGGCAAACUGAGGGCUGAGGGCAAGACCUGCGACUACAUCGAGAUUGUCUUCCCCAAGGGCGGCGACUACUGCAAACAAAUUGGCGAGGGAGUCCGCAACGGGCAAUCCCAGAUCGCUGCUUUCAACAAGAAGUGCCCUUGCACGCACCUCGUCCUCAAUGGCUUCUCUCAGGGCGCCUGGAUCACUGGAGAUAUUCUUGCUGGACCUGGUGGAUGCUCCCAAAUCACCACUGGUUUCGACCCUACCUCGGCUCCUGGUAAUGCUGUUGCUGCUGCUCUCCUCUGGGGCGAUGUCAUGCACGUGGCUAACCAGCCAUACAACGUUCUUGACGGCUCUGAUCUACAGAAGGACGGUCGCCACUCCGACUCUCUUGCACGCCUGAACCGCUACGCAUCCGUCCUGCGCUCUUACUGCGCUAAGGGAGACCCGAUCUGCGCCAACGGUGACGACGUCGAGAAGCACUUGACCUACUUUGAGCGGUACACCGAGGACGCCUCGAACUGGACCGUUGGAAAGAUCAAUGACGCCGCCCCUCUAUGUGCCGUUCCCACACCUACGCCCAGCGCUUCUUCUACUCCCGCCGCUUCGUCUGUUGGUGUUGCCGCUGUU